AUGAGCCAGCAAGGAGACGCAAGGACACUCGAAACAGAGUUAUUGACUUCUGAAGGCAAAACGCACCUGGUUUUGUGGGCAUUGGCAGAGGAAUAUAUAGACCAAGCACACUCACUCUGCUUUAUUGCCACUACACAGCCAUGUUCUCAACCAGAGUGGCAAAGGCGUCACCGGGAUCUGAUCUUUAGUGCCCUAAAGUGUUUAGUUGCCUGUGUCACACUUGAGUCUCAUGCGAUGACACAACUAGAUAAGGCAAAGACUGGACUACGUCUGGCGCAACUCAUUUUCGAAGAGACAGAGAGUUUCUCGAGAGCAGAAGAGGAAGUCAAUAAAGCGAUCGUUAUCGCUGAUGCUAUUCAAGGAUCUGCUGCCUUAGAUGUACAACUUCGACUCUAUGAACUGCAAGUCCAUAUUUACAUUGAAUUGAAAAAAUUCCGAGUCGCAAAAAAUACUCUUAGGAUUGCAUCAGUUGAAGCUGCAAAACAUGGAUUGCACUGGUGGUCAUACCAUUUUUACCUUCUCAAGGCCCGUGUACAAUUUAUGGUGAAUGACCUUGCAGGCAGUCUACAGGCUCUAAAUCAAGGGGCCACUCUUGCUGAAAAUCGGGGCGACUUUGAGCUUAAGCUGGCAUUUUGGAUUGUUGCUGGACAGCACUCCAUUAUGCUUUCGAAUUGGGACCAGGCUACUGCUUAUCUGCAGAAGCUGACGCCUUACAUGGGACUGGAUGAAGCGUUGGAUACUCCGUCGACUACUGGCGCGGAUGUCCCAAAGAGUAAAAACUUGUCAUCAUUACCAGUAACAAAACCAGCCGUGCCAUCAAACUCCAAAACUCAUAAAUCCAACGGGACUCGGCCAUCAUCAGAACAAAAAAAGCUAUGUCAGUCUAGGCAGUUGCGCGUAUUUUUCCUUAUUCUUUAUACUUACUGUAUGUUACGAUCGGGAGGCACAGCUAAGGCUCUGGCUGCUCUUAGUGCUUUACAUUCGUUACUGGAUGAGGUUCAGCCCAAGGACGCUCUGGAGCUUCGAGGGGUAUUUCAGAUACCAUUAAACAAUGCAUCUCAAGAUCGAUCUGAUACGCACAACCGGUCUUUAGCCAAUUCAUCUCAAAAUCUAUUAAGCAUUUCGAUCAAGUGGAUGACAUUUUCGCAAGUGUAUUGUCUUACCUAUCUACUCUCAGGAGUCUGCAGUAAAGCAGAUAUGACGCAACCAAUGAAGGCGCAACAAUUCUUGGUGGAGGGUAUCAAGGUCGUUGAUCAAGAAUUCUGUGUAAAUAACUAUGCUACGUCUACCAUUAGCGUCCGACGGAACCAGCAGUGGUAUUCCUUGCUGAUGAUGUCAAUGCUUAUGCAUCUCUCAGACGUUUUCUUACUCAAGUUUGACCUGGCUUCAGCUGAGGAGACAAUUCUUAAGGCAGUCUAUUGGUCCAAAAUGUGUGGGUUAUGGGAGACAUCCAAGUGGAGGCUUGCACUUUCCAUAGCGAUGAUAAUGCAGCUGGGUGGGCGACUCAAAGAGGCGCUAGAUUGGUAUGGUAUUUGCCUGAAGCACUCGGAAGGGAUGCACAAAGAUCCAGAAGGGUAUGAAGCAAAGACGCUUGCCAUUGUUAACUGUGCGCUAAUCUACUGCGGCGAUCGGUACCUUGAUCUGGAAAAGGCUAAAGAGCUUCAAUUGGAAGCUAGAGCAAGGCAUAGUACGAAUGCAUCUUCCAAUUUACUUUGUGCAUUUCAUAUUCUGGACAGUUGGAUAGCGGAGGGGCUUAUUCCAGCCAGACAGCAUUUGCAAGAGGCUUUAAAGCUCUCUAGCGCGCUAUUGAAUACACAGAUGAGGAGCCUAACAUUGCUAUUGUUAGGUAAUGUUUAUCUUCAAACGCAUGAUGAACAAGCCGAAAAGAUGUUAAUGGCAGGAUAUAUUCAUGCAGUUAAGACGAGUAAUCAAAUUAUUGCUGCGGCAGCAGGAUCCAGCCUGAAAGAUCUGUACUUGGCGACGUCUCAAGGCAUCAAAGCCAGCCAGCAGACGCAGCAGAACAUGGCUGUCCUUGAGACAGUAGAGCAGGCGUUCCAGUCGUGUCCGAUGGGUCCGUUGCUCUCGGAAUACAUUUGCUCCUACCCUUCACACAUUCACAUGGAUGCCAAAGAUCCUUCUCAUCAACACCGCUCUUCUGGCACACAGCCUGUCCGACGACGAAAGACUGACCAGGGCGCUACAAAUCCUUUGGAAGCAACUGUAACUAAGUUGUUGGUGGCAACAAAACAGCUUUUAGAGGGAUUGACCCUUUGGUCAACAAAGAAAAUGACAGAGGAGCAGGUUUCUGAUAUUUUUGUACAGCUUGCAACACAGUUCAACCUUGCAAGUCAGGCUUUUCACGAAGUCGACAUUGAUACAAGUGAGCUUGCCCAUAUCCCAGACGACCUGCGAAAUUGUCUAGAAACAGCCUUGGGAGAGCCACCCUCGCCAGCAUCCUUGGAAAAAUAUCUACCACGUAUCAAGGCGGUCAUUAUUGACCUACUGCAGGGCCUUCGCCUCAAACAAAAUCUGUACCGAGAGCAACAUGAAGCAAGGACUAUACGUCUGCAGGCCGCAGCGAAUGCAUCAGGAAGAUCAAAAAGCACCAGUGGCAACUAUAGACAACCUACAGGAGGAAGAUCUCCAGAAGUAGGUGGCACCUCUAUGAGAGUUCAGCCUGCUUCACCAGGAAUAGGGGCAGGAGCAGGAGCAACAGGAACAGGAAGAGGAACAGGAGCAGGAACAGGAACAGGAACAGGAACAGGAGCAGGAACAGGGGCUCCCACACUCUCUAUUUCUUCCGUCUCCGAUGAACAAGGACACGCUGAAACCCUUGCUUCGCUUCGCAAAAGCGAUGCAAUAACUCGGCGUGCCUCUUCUCGUCGACAUUCUCAACGAUUUUCGACGGUAAUGGAACAAAAUGCCCCUCCUGUUCCACGGCGUAACUUCAUGAAUGAUCCCGAGCUGCUCUCGGCUUACCCAGGAUAUAGCAGCUCACAAGGGUCAACUCCCGCUACUAGUCCAAGCAUGGCUCCACCCUAUAGUCAGUUUCAGACCACGUCUACCUAUGAACGGCCGAAUAGCCCUGCUAUGCCUUCUCCGAGCAUAAAUCGUUCAGUGAAUAGAAUGCCUUUGCCAUCGACCAUACCAGCACCUUCCUCUUACUUCCAAAAAGAUAUCCCAUCAUCCUCAUCAUCUCCACGUUUGGGUUCAUCUUCCAUGAUGCUCGGUACCCUCACCCCAGAACGUGCUCAAUCUCCGCGUCCUUCGCUCUCACGGAGUGGGUCCAUGGAUACGAUGCGGAAUGCGGAAACUCCAAAAUCAUCAAGCCUUCUCGAAACAUCUAAUGCACUUUCCCUACCAUUGAAUGAUGCCGCAUCUGAACCAAUAGAUGAUAGCCUGACGCUGUUCUUGCAAGUUGGAAAGAGUGUGAAAAAGACCAAAUUUGAAGGAGAAUUGACACAUUCUGCGCUGCGGAUGUUAUUUAUGGAGAAGUUCCAGUACAAUCCAGGGCAAGAAGAUUUCCCGACAAUAUAUGUGAAGGAUCCUAAUACCAAUAUUCACUACGAGCUUGAGUCAUUAGCAGAUGUGAGACAGAAUGCGUUUCUGUCAUUAAAUGUUGAUGACUUGGAGAAUAUUCAGCGCAAGAUGGAUCAAGGAUUUGCUGCCCUGUCAAAGGAGCUACAUGAAAUUAAGAAAGCUCAUGAAGCGUCAGAAGCAGCACGUCAAAAAGCAGUAGCAGCAGCAGCAGCAGCAGCAGCUUCAGCGGUCGCCGCUCCAUCAGAACGCCUCAUAUCAUCCCAAUCAGAGAAUUCUCAAAUCCUUCGUUCUGUGGUUCAUAAGGCUCUUGCAAAGAAUAAAGGUACAGGCGCUACAUCGUCAGGGUCCGCAACAUCUCAAAGUAAGGUCUCAGCUGCAGAGCUCAAAUCACAGUAUGAAGAAAUUCAGUCGUUAAGGCGUGACUUAGGUGUGGUACGACAGCUUUACACGGAAUUGCAGAGCGAAACCAAAUCAACACUGGGUAAUUUAGCGGGCUACACUGCUCAGAUCCGGAAGCAGACACAAGAGCAACCGGUCUCAUCAAGAAUGUUUAUUGAGACGGGCAAAAUCAAACUCGAUAAAAAGUCAGAAGAUCUCACUAAUAAGAUCGAAGAUCUGCAAGAUAUAGUCGAGGAUAUGAAGGUUAAUGUGACACAAAGACGCGGCCGCCCAAGUGAUAGUUCUAUUGCGUUUGUAGACAAGCAAUGCGAUCAGAUUGGUCGAGAAAUUGAGGAGCUCUCGGAUUUUAUUCAAACCGUACGGCCCUCAUGGAAGAAGACAUGGGAGGUUGAGCUUCAGACGAUUGUUAAGGAACAGAUGUUCUUGAAGGAGCAAGAGGCCUUGUUGGAAGACUUGAAAGAAGAUCGGAGCUCGUUGCUGCAAACUUUGAACAACCUGAAAAAAGUACUGGAGCUGCAGCUCAAGAGCGGAGGAGCAUCAAGGGAAUUUGUCUUCCAGCCAGUAGUCGAUGAAAAUUUUGAGGGCCUAAAAACGGUACUUGAGGAAGUCAAAAUGAUUGAGCCAGACUCUGAGAGGCGACUGAAAGCGAUGGCACAGAUGGAGAAACUUCGACACAUAGAGCUGUCAAAUAGGAUUGAUGAGUUUGAGGAGGAAUUGACGUCGUUUGUAGGAGCAAGUAAGUUGCGUAAGACCGGAGGAGCCCUUGAGGUUGAGAGGCAGAGGCAGCAGAGAGACCUUGAAAACCUUCGAGCCAUGUUUGCGAAGAAAGAUCAGGAGGCACCAUUAAUCAGUGUGGAGACACCUGAACAACCAUCGGUAGCAAAUCCGUAGAACUCCUAAUAUUAAAACAAUCAGUGAGGAUGUAAAUAUGACAAAUAAAAGAAAAGAAAAACUGU